CACGUGCACCACACACACACUGAGUGAGACGAUGUUGCGACGUUGUUGAGCUCGUCACAUCGUCGAACACUGCGACGGACUUUAGCCAGAAGAAAUUGCUCCUUAAGGUGGUCGCCCAACGGAUACGCUCCUCAAUCAGCUAAAAAUGGACUCUGAAUCAAAUGAUGUUGAGUUGAAAAGUGUCGUUUCAGAUACAAAACGCACUAGGUUUCAAGUAAAUUUGGUGGAUUGUGAAACUCCUCCAAGGCUGCGAUUAGACAGUGCUUCAUCAGAAGAUAAUAAAUAUAAAAGUUUUCGACAGUUAACACGUGAAGCAUUACCAAGAUUGGAUAAUUACAGAAAUAUUAUGUCGGUGCAUGUUGCAUGCAGACCUACUCUGGAUGAACUGCAUAAUUGUGAUUUGGCUGAAAAAAACAUGGAAGCUCAUGAAAAUGAACCAAGUAGACCAACAAAAAAGAAACAUGAACAAGGAUGGAUUCAAGGAGUUCUUGUCCGUAACCUGGUACAAAUAUGGGGUCUUAUGUUAUUUUUAAGAGUAGCAUGGGUUGUUUGUACUACUGGUUUAAUUUCAGGAAUUGUUAUAAUAUUAUUUGGUGGUGCUAUCACAACUAUAACGGCCUUAUCUAUGUCUGCAAUUAGUACAAAUGGUGUGUUGAAGGAAGGCGGAACUUAUUUUAUGAUAUCUCGUUCACUUGGCCCAGAAUUUGGUGCUUGCAUUGGUGUAAUCUAUUCAAUAGCAUUGGCUGCCGCAUGUGCAAUGCAUAUGGUUGGAUUUUGUGAAAUGGUGCAGAUUAUCAUGAAGUCGUUUAAUUUAUUUAUACUGGACGGUGAGGUACAAGAUAUGAGAAUUCUUGGAAUAUGUUUAACAGCUGCAUUGUUAUGUGCAACAUUAGGUGGCAUUCGGUCACGCAUUCAGGUGCAUGCAGCUGUGCUAGUUCUUAUAAUCGCAGCAAUUUUAGAUGUAUUUAUAGGAGCUAUUUAUGGGCCAAAGUCUGAUUCUGAAAAAAACGAAGGUUUCAUUGGUUUUAGCUGGGUCGCAAUUAAUUAUAACAUGUUCAAGAAUUUUGAAACUUUUGAAGAUUGGUGUAAAAGUUUUUGGUAUGGGUUUAGUAUAUUUUUUCCAGCAGUAUCUGGGUUUUUAGCUGGAACAAAUAAAUCAGGAGAAUUAAAGGACUCAUUAAGAGCAAUACCAAGAGGUUCCUUAACAUCUAUUUUUAUUUCUUCAUCCAUUUAUAUUAGUAUAGCAAUUUUGGUUGGUUCAACAUUUGUAGAUCAAGAUCCAUUUUAUAAAUCUAAUUUUGAUGAUCAUAAUAAACACUAUGCAGUCAAUCGGACUAUUGGACUUAUAGCAUUAUUUAGCCCAUUAGUAUACGCAUGUAUCUUGGCCUCAACAUUAACAGCCUCAUUUUCUUCAUUUUUAGCUGCUCCAAAAGUAUUUCAAAUGUUAUGCAAUGAUAGACUUUACAAUAAUCUUACAUGGUUUGGAUUUAGUAAUAAAUCAGGAGAGCCAAUAAGAGCUGAUAUUUUGACUACAAUAAUUGUUUUGCUGUUUAUACUUCCCGGUAACUUGAAUGUAAUAUUACCGUCAAUAUCAAAUAUAUUUCUUAGUGUCUAUGCGUUGAUAAACUUCAGUACAUUUCAUGCAUCUUUAGUUAAACCAAUUGGAUGGCGUCCUACUUUUAAGUUGUAUAAUAUGUGGUUAAGUUUAGGUGGUUCAAUGUUAUGUGUAGUAUUGAUGUUUGUCAUUAGCUGGGGAACAGCUCUGGUGACAUUGGGAGCUAUAUUAGCUUUGUACUUAAUAGUAUCAUAUCAAAAACCAGAUGUCAAUUGGGGUACAAGUACCCAAGCUCAAACUUACAAACAAGCCUUAAUGGCCGUUCACAAUCUUAUCAGGGUGGAAGAUCAUGUCAAAAACUUUAGGCCUCAACUACUUAUACUUACUGGAAUGGCAUCUUCUAGACCAUCAUUAAUUGAUUUUGGACAUCUCAUCACAAAAAAUUUGUCAUUACUCGUGUGCGGAAAUAUUAUCAAAGCUCCAUCUUCACAAAAGUUACUUGAAAUUUAUUCAAAACGUGCUAUAAAUUGGUUAUGUUACCACAAAAUCAAAGGAUUUUAUGUACAAAUAGAUGGUACUAAUUUUGAUGAUGGUGCUAAAAGUUUAAUGCAAACAGUUGGUUUAGGCAAACUGAAACCAAAUAUUGUUUUGUUAGGUUAUAAGAGUAAUUGGUUCAAAUGUAGUUCUCAAGAUUUAAAUAUGUAUUUCAAUGUGUUACAUAAAGCUUUAGAUAUUCAUAUGGCUGUGUGUAUAUUGCGUGUCAAAUCUGGUCUAAAUUUUUCGAAUUCCGUUCUCAUUGAUGAAAUGCAACUUGAUAUGAUGGUGAACCGUAAAGCAUCAUACCUUUCAGAAGAACCAUUUUUACAUAGUAGAUCACAGUCAAUGUCUACCGUUACUGAUAAAAAUGACAGCGAUGAAGAAAAUGAAUUAUUGAACAAAGAAACAUCUACAUCAUUCAAUAAACAAAGCACUGAUGAUAAAGUUGAUGAUCAACCAAAAUUAAAUAAAAACCAAAAAGUCAAUAUUGUCAAAGGAACUGAUGGUUAUGAUUUACCCAAAGACACUAUGAAUGAGAUAACCAGGUUUCAACGUAAACAAAAGAAAGGUUCAAUUGAUGUUUGGUGGUUAUAUGAUGAUGGAGGCCUUACAUUACUUUUACCAUACAUCUUAAGCACGAGAGGUAAUUGGUCAUCUUGUAAAUUGAGAGUAUUUACUAUAGCUAAUAAAAAAGAUGAAUUGGAAUUUGAACAAAGAAGUAUUGCUAGUCUGUUAGCCAAAUUCCGUAUUGAUUAUUCAGACUUGUUAGUAAUAACAGACCUUAUGAGGAAACCACAUGAAGAAACAUUAGCUUUUUAUGAUGCACUGAUUAAAAGUUAUAAGCCUAAAGGACCAAACAGUGAAAGUAUGGAAUAUUGUAAUGCAAAAAAAAAUGACACCUUAUUAAUAUAUAAAUUCACUUUUGUAGAUGAUGGUAUAAAAGAGUCUGAGUUAACAGCAAUGAAAGAAAAAACAAACCGUCAUCUUCGGUUAAGAGAGCUACUUUUAGAAAAUUCACAAGAAGCCAAUUUAAUUGUAAUGACUUUACCAAUGCCCAGAAAAAAUGUAGUACCAGCAUCUUUGUAUAUGUCCUGGCUAGAGACGUUGACGCAAGGUAUGCCUCCAUUUCUUUUAGUGCGAGGCAACCAAAACUCUGUACUUACAUUUUAUUCCUAAGCAUCUUUCGCUCAAGUACUGUUCCUCUAUUAAAUACCGGUAAAGUGAUGUUAAGUAAUAAUAUUUAAGUAAAUUGAAAAACAACAAUUUAACAUGACUCGUUGGCACAAACCACGUUUUAUUAUAUUUUUAUCACAAAAUAAGUGUUUUUUUUUUAAAGUUAUAAUAAUAAUAAGUUCUUCUUUGUAUACAAUUUAAUGAUUCAUUAAUUUGCAAAAUAUGUUAUGUGUAAUACUGUAAAAUUGUAAUUAAUUAAUUAAUUCAAAAACAUGCUAUAAAUUAAACACAUUUUGCACAAUUAAAUUUUUAUUUUUUAAAGAAUCUCAUUUACAUUUUACAUACAAUAUAUGUAUAUAUAUAUAAAUAAUAAUAUACUAUGGUACAAUGCUUAAUAUAUUUGACAUACUAUAAUCAUUUUGAGUUAUUGAUGCAUAGUUUUCAGUUUUGGUUUUCUGAUGUAUAAUUUAUAAUUUACUUAACUUUAAAUAUUUCAUUUAUAAUAUAAUAAUAAAACUUAUUGAACCCCGUCUUUAGUCAACAUAUCAAUCAUUUCAUCUUGGUUUUAAAUGGAACAUUUGCCUACUGAGAUUUAUAUUAAUUAUUGAUUUUAAUAUUUUCUCUUUAAAUUGCAAUGUUUCUCAAUACAUUCUGCUUACAAUUAAAAAAAUCAUUAGAAAUACAAACUUAUCAAUUUUCAACAUAAUUAGAUCUGAAUUUAUAAUUUUUGUAUGUGAGAAUCUUCUAUUUUUAUGAAUGAAUCAAAUUAAUUAUUAUAGUUAAUAUUCACUGGUAUAAAAAUUAUUAUUUAAUUAUUUAAAUGUUUAAAAUCAAGUAUUGUUACUAUGCAUUUUAACUAGAUAAUUAUUAUUACUUUUUUAUUUACUUUUUUUAAUGAACUAAAACACAAUUAUACAAGAUUACAUAACGUGUUUAAUGUUCAUUUGUGUAUGCAUAAUUUUUAAAUAUUUAUAUAAUUUGCUUACCAUAAAAUCUGAUGAACUACUGUAAAUAAAGUUGAAUGUUAAAACUAA